GCCAUGCAGGUGAAGUUGUAGGUCAGGUGUGUGUCUAUAAAUCCACACCCCUUUGUAACGAGUGACACUCAAAGUACAUUUCUAACAAGAUCGCUGGGCCGCUCAGCUGCCUCUGAGUGACUCUCUAGAAGACAUGCUACACUCGGCUCUGGCCCUCUGCCUUUUGCUGAUCACAGUUUCUUCCAACCUUGCCAUUGCUAUCAAGAAGGAAAAGAGACCUCCUCAGACACUCUCAAGAGGGUGGGGAGAUGACAUCACCUGGGUGCAAACUUACGAAGAAGGUCUCUUUCAUGCUCACAAAAGUAACAAGCCGCUGAUGGUUAUUCACCACCUGGAGGACUGUCAGUAUUGUCAAGCACUAAAAAAGGAAUUUGCCAAAAAUGAAGAAAUACAAGAAAUGGCCCAAAAUGACUUCAUCAUGCUGAAUCUCAUGCAUGAGACCACGGACAAGAACUUGUCCCCUGAUGGGCAGUACGUGCCAAGGAUCAUGUUUGUUGACCCUUCUUUGACUGUCAGGGCUGAUAUAACUGGAAGAUACUCUAACAGACUAUACACAUAUGAACCCCAGGACUUACCCAUGCUGAUAGACAACAUGAAGAAAGCACUAAGACUUAUCCAAUCAGAGCUGUAAGGAAUGAUGGAAAGAUGCUUCCCCUCUAAACGGUCAAACGUGUGACACAAGCAUCUGGCUCACUAACAAACACCAAUGUGCAAGUUCCUGGAUUUCAUAACACCACUACUUAACUUUGUGAAAUGUCUGCGAUGGUUUAUGAAGGCAAAAUCAUAUUUUAAUAAAUGUUAAGCUUACAGUGAUGCUGUCGUUUGAUAUUUACCUGUACCUAUAGCAAAGAGAGUUUUCAUGAGCUCACAGUUGCUAUGCUUUGCAUGUGCAAUGUCUCCCCUGCCUCAUGUCUUGAUGGCUUGCUUCUCAGAUAGUAAAGAACUUCUGGUAACUUUAGAAGGUGGCAUCUAGCUAGAGGUCAUAGGUCAUGAUAAGUAGCUCAUUGAGGAUAUCUCAUCCCUGACACAUUAUCUUGCUCUCUAUUUCCUAUUGACCAAGAAGAGGAAC